UCCUCCUCCUCUUCCUCCUCCUCCCACCGGGAUAAAUAUUCCCCACCUGGCCCUUUCCCGGUUUUUUUUUCCCGGAUUUUUCUGCCGUUCCCGGGUCAGGAAUGAUUCCAGAAGGAUCCCGAACUUUCACCCCUUUCCUUUUCCUGCUCCUCAUCCCGGGAUUCCUCGGCCAGGCCGUGGGAAAAGAUGGAGAGGAGCUGCCCGAGGAGGACGAGUCCAGGGUGAUUGGGGGCCGUCCCUGCUCCCGCACCGAGCGUCCCUUUCAGGUGGCUCUGACCAAGAGGGGUCAAAUCCUGUGCGGGGGGAGCCUCCUGGAGGACCGGUGGGUGCUCACAGCGGCUCACUGCAGGCAGCCACUCAGGGACCUGCAGGUGCUGAUCGGGACGACGUCGCUGCGGGCGGGCUCGGGGCAGGUGCGGCGCGUGCGGCGCCUGCGGGUGCACCCCAGGUACGACCCCCGGCGCAACGACAACGACUUCAUGCUCCUCCUGCUCGACUCACCUGUCCGCUUCGGGCCCCAGGUGAAGAGGAUCCGCCUGGCCACCACCUGUCCACGAGAGGGCAUGAACUGCAGCGUGUCCGGGUGGGGCACCACCAAGUCACCUGGAGCCCAGCUGCCCCAGGACCUGCAGUGUGCGUCGGUUCAGACCGUGGGCCCUGCC